AUGUGCUAUUCACCCUCGAACCAAAUUUUAGACGCCGACGAGAACGGUUCCAUAUCGGAGACGAUACCGGACCGGCCGGUCGAGCUGAAGAACUUCCCGAAACUUUGCGACCAAAGAAGAAAGUAUCCUGUACUAUACAAGCUAGAAUUUCAAACUGCGGUCAAAGUGGAGACGCACUCGUGUCGACACGCGACGAAGAAAACCAAUUCACAUAAAAACCAGAAUCAAAAAGUCAUACCUUGCAGAGCAGAUGCAAGGACUUGCCUCAAAGAUUUGACAGUAUGGAAAACUCGUGACGUUUGUCAAAAUAGUAACAAGCGGCCUAUUGCUGUUGAACUAUCAAACUCAUACUUAGAUGACUACAACAGGGUGGUGCUAGAAACUGUGGACCGAGAGCCAGACUCCGACUAUAUUAAUGCUUCCUAUAUAGAUAGUAUAUUAAAACCAAACGCGUACAUAGUAACCCAGGGUCCAACAGAAGACACGGUGGUUGAUUUCUGGCGCAUGAUCUGGCAGGAGCGCGCCGCCGCUAUUGUUAUGCUCACAAAAACUUUUGACUUCAUUAAGGUGAUGUGCGUUCAGUAUUGGCCACCUAACAAAGAAAAGGAUGAGACUUAUGGAGACAUCAGUGUGGGCAUCGUGCAAGAGGAGGAACUUGCCAACUUUCACAUACGAACCUUUAGACUAUACAAAAGUGACAGAAAUGUUGUAGUGGAAGAACGUUAUAUCCUACAGUUUCACUACACUCAAUGGCACUCCCACACGUGCCCUUUCAGCAACGCCCUCUUAGAGUUUCGGCGGAGGGUCCGCGCAGUUGUCGGUAGAAGGCUCGCAACAAAUCCCACUGCUGGGCCAAUGGUCGUACAUUGCAAUGACGGUGGGGGCCGAUCAGGAGUCUACCUCGCUAUUGAUGCAAACCUAGAAUUAGCCGAGGAGGAAGACUGCUUUGAUGUUUUCGGAUUUUUGAAAAAACUCAGGCAAUCGAGGAAAGGCCUUAUAGAGAAUGAGGAACAAUACAAGUUCGUCUAUGAUACUCUAGAAGAGCAUGUAGUAUGUGGAGUUUCGUGGUUCCCAGUAUCAGAGCUGUCACAAAGAUUGAAGCAAAAGUCUCAAAGGGAUCCGGUUUCUAAACUCAAUGAAUACCAGAAAGAAUACCAGCAGAUCUGUAAGCAAACUCCUCGCUUUACGAUAGGAGACUGCGCUGGAGGACACAGAGGCGAUAACCGAGAGAAAAAUCGAGAUGUUUUGGUAGUACCACCUGAUAAUUUUCGACCUUACUUGACAUCUUUCCAAGGAAACAGUUUUACCGAUUACAUCAAUGCAGUAUUUGUAGACGGGUACACAAAACCUCGCGAGUAUAUUGUCACUGAAUGGCCUCUAGUAAGAACGCAGGGAGAGUUCUGGUCGCUGGUAUAUGACUAUGAAUGUGCGGCUGUUGUAGUGUUAUGCGUGCCACCAAAGAAUUCUCAACAAUUCCCACCCUUCUGGCCAGAGGGUCGCCAUUCUAAGAAAUAUGGACCAGUAUUCACGAUAGAUCACGUGUCUCAUAACCACUACACUAAUAUCAAGACUUGGAUAUUUAGAAUCAAUAAGAAGAUCAUUUCGCUGACUGAACUGAUGGCUGGCGUGAAGGCCCCAACUAAGACAGUGCAACUAUUUCAAUUGACGUGUUGGCCCAUGGGGCAUAAAGUGCCUUCUUCCACCAACUCACUGGUCGAACUCAUGAACAUGGUUGAGCGGUGGCGCCAGCGCACAGACUAUGGUCCCGUCUGUGUGGUAUCGCCUGAUGGCCGAAGUCGGGCUGGAGUUUACUGUGCAGCCAAUGCUUGCAUAGAACAAGUUAUUCAACACGGAGAAGUGGAUGUAUUUCAGGCAGUGAAGACUGUUCGGCGACACCGACCACAGCUUGUGGAGAACAUGACCGAAUACAAGUAUUGCUACGAUCUGGACGAACUCUGGUUCAUUGAGUUUGGUCGCGGCGCAGCGCUGCCUACCACGCCCGAGGAGACCAGUCCCGCUGCGGCACCACGUGAUUCCAAGCGCCAACAACAGCGCGCCAAUCGGCCGCGGCGAGGGCUAUCACUCGACCGUUUGUUGCCCGCCGUAUCGCGACCACCGCUGCCACAUGCCUCCACAGUGGCCGUGGAAGCACCGCGUCGCCCACGCCGUGACCGUCCGCCGCUGCGCCGAUCUUUCCGCCUCGAGGACGACGACGCUGCCGCUGCCGAUGAGCGACGAAGAGUGUUUAGUCGCGGUCCUCGUGCACCGUCCUUCGACGAAGGGGACGUCAGUGAUGAGCAUGACGAGUGUGACUGCGUGCGUAGUUCACUCGAACGCUCUGGACCAUCCGCCGACGCCGAAGAGGACGAGUACGAGUACGAACCGGAGUUCGCCACCUCCCCAUCAUGGGCGCGUGAACGAGCAGCCCCCGCUUUUCGUGCGGGCUCCUCGGAUCGUGCGCUUACCGACGUACCGCCGCACCCACGCGGUCCAGCACGUGCCCAAUCGCAGGGCGUGUUUGAACGUCGUUUACCUAGGAUAUAUAAGUUCGGUCUCAUGGAUAAAUCAAAACGAGCUAGCUCAAGCGCUCUCUACGAGCGUACCGAGCGGUCACCGACCGAGGCGUUUUACAACGCUACCGGCUCAACGAGGCUCAGUUCGCAGGAACUUUUUGAAAAAUUCUGCUCGGAAGAAUUUACUUCUUUGUACGGACGAGAGGACGAUCGUCGUCAUCGACCUCCACACUCCAAGUCGACCGGCAGUAGUGGCUCAGAUGUGCGGCAUGAACGUACGUGUUGCCGCCGCCUACCCUUAGGUUCUCAACCAGCACUGAGUAGGCGCCAUGUAUGUCAUGCACCACGCUCUGAUCGCUCCACGGACUCUGAGGAUAUAUCCCCACGUCGCACUGCUUUGCGCCCAUUACCGCUUGAUCCGGAAGCGGACCAGCAUCAAACUGAUGAUUGUUCUCGAUCCGCUCCUCUCCUCAGUCCAGAUCGUUUUGAGGCACGCUUUACAUUUGAUAUUUCAGAACGAAGUGAGGUUACAUCAAACCGCGACGAGACUCCCUCUGAUGCGACCGAGACACGAAAUUUAACGCUCUAUGAAGAACCCCACUCGGAUCGUACAAGUCUCUGUGAACUGUAUGAUGCUGCAUUUUCUUCCCACCAGCCAUCCUUCCGACGAGAUGGGUCACGGCGUCGGGGUGGUGCGGUCGAUUUGAGUGCGCUGGACUUUCGUGCAAUCGACGAUGAAAGUCCGCGAAAUAGUAGACGCACAUCCCAGCGAAGUGUUGAUGACACGUUACGACAGAAUUCAGAGUCUCGGAGCUGGGCAUCUGACUCUGUGUUCACAACGCCACAACGCCACAUUGCUGAUGCUUCACCAUCGUCAAGUGGCACGAGACAUUCUCUCACUGCACCAGGGGACUCCUCACCACGUGCUGAUUCAGCUGCCGCUGACUCCACGAUUGCUGACACCACUAUUGCGGAUACAACGGUCGUUGAAGAAGAGCCGGCCAGCGUCAUUGAGAGAGCUGAAUAUGCACUAGCGCUGCGACUUGGCCGUAUUGAUAUCGGUGAUGAGAGCCGGAGCGUCUUUGGGGUGGCGGUCAGCGCAGUAGCUGUAGUGAAGGAGAUGCAGCGAGUGUCCGUGGAGCAACAGGUCUUCGGCGGCGGCGUGGUGCAUCUGAACCUAGGCGUUCGGCACGCUGCUUCCCGCUCUGACUGCGCGCGGCGGCGUCGGCCGGGCUGCCGCGCCGCAGCCGGUGCCGCGCCGCUCUGCCCCCCCUCGUGCCUUCCCGUAUGCCGCGGCGUCGGCAACGCGCCCGUCGCGCUGCAUCGCCGUACCGCGUGUUACGAGCGCUACGUCAUUGGCCACGUCGCCCAUCGUCUCGCCAUCCUCCAGCGCCCAUGUAGUCCUGGUGUCGUCCUCUCCUUUGUAAAUAUUUCCCUCUCAUCUUCCCCGGGCAUCGAACCGUAA